AUGGAGAAUUUGGCAUCCAUUGAACACUCUAUUUCUGCAUUAACUGAGCACUUUAAUGCACGAAUGGCUGAGUUUCAGCGCAUCAUUCAGACAUCCAUCCCAGCAACCAGUCCAAAUUCCAAUGUUGCAGCACAGUUUGGUGCAUUUAGAGUAUUUGUCUUGACAUCACUUGAAAGCCUUCAAUUACAAGUCCAGGUGCUCUCUAAGCAGUGUGAUAAUAUGGAGACAAGAACCAGGAGGAAAAUGCUGCUGCUGCAUGGUGUACCUGAAGUGCAAAAGGAGAGUUUGCCCGCAACAGUUGCGGAGGCAUUGUCCAGCAAUCUUAGCAUGCCAGAACUGACCGAAGCCAAACUCAGUUAUUGCAAGCGUUUGGGCCAGUUAAAGGAUGGCAAGGCUCGUGUUGUAUUGAUCAAGUUUAGUGACUUGUCUAUCCGUAAUCAAGUUUGGUUUUCAAAAAAACAGCUUAAAGGCACUGGGGUCACUUUAUCCGAGUUUCUGACGAAGGAGCGACAUGACGCCUUUCAGGCAGCGAGACAAAAGUUUGGAGUUUCUCGAUGCUGGACGCGGGAUGGGUCCAUAAUUGUUCUUGGCGCUGAUAAUAAGCGCCAUCGAGUUUUUUCAGUUGCAGAGGUGAAAUUGAUUGGAUUAAAGUCCGGUGAUAUCCCAAUGGCAACCACGUCUGCCGCGUCGGAUCAAGCUAGUGCUAUAGCGAGUGCAAGUGUUGUGCCAGUGCAUUCUUAUGCUGCAGUUCCCUCGUCUAAAACAGUCAAGCCUCAGGUCGAAAAGCCUAGGCGAGCUGUUAGAAGGUAA